AUUUUAAUCUCUGUAGGUGGAGGUUCAGGUUUUGGUGCUGCCAUCGCCCGUCGAUUCGGCAACGAAGGCGCCAAGGUUAUCCUCACAGAUAUCAACGCCGCAAAUGGAGAGAAAGUUGCAUCAGAGAAUUCGCAAAAUCUCAUUUUUCAAAAGCAGGAUGUGACAAAGGUAGAUGACUGGAAUGCCGUUGUCAAUCUGGCUAUUGAGAAGUUUGGGCGCGUGGAUAUUCUGGUGAAUAAUGCAGGGACGACAUAUAAGAAUAAGCCCACAUUGGAAGUGACGGAAGAAGAAUGGGAGCGUGUCUUCCAAGUUAAUGUCAAGAGCAUUUUCCAUGCUGUAAAGACCGUCAUCCCCCGCUUUAUCGAGCAAGGCAAUGGUGGCUCAGUGAUCAAUAUCUCUUCUACGGGAGCUUCCCGUCCUCGACCUGGGCUCGUCUGGUAUAACGCCACCAAGGGUGCUGUUUCCAACGCAACGAAAGGUCUCGCUGCCGAAUAUGGCCCGCACAACAUUCGCGUCAACUCCGUCUGUCCCCUUCUCUCUGGCACAGGGCUCUUCGAGAUGUUCACCGGUGUGCCGGAUACCCCGGAGAACAGAAAGAACUUCGUCGCACAGGUGCCUCUGGGUCGUCUAACGGACCCGAAUGAUAUUGCCAAUACGGUUUUGUUUCUGGCGAGCGAUGAAGGACAGUUCAUCAAUGGUACCGAAGUCGUCGUCGACGGAGGAAAGUGUAUAUAA